AUGAACUUGAGAGAUUCCAUGUCUGAAGCAACACAACAAACAAGCAGUCCAUUUCCAAGAGCGUUUGAGGAACGAAAGAAGCAGAAGAUGAAGAUUCCCGAUCUUCCGCAUGAACUGGAGAAGGACCAGGCAGCGUUUGUGUCGUUUGACACGAUGACACAACCUCCACCACUGAGCACAACAAAUUGUUUUAUAAGCGAGACGAACAAUACAGAUCCUAAUCUUGUAAGGUCUACUAUGUAUGUUCUUCCGAAAAACUCUGAUACUUUUGACCUGAUGGAGAUUCCACUUGGGAUAGUUGUGAAUCCGUUCUGCAGGAAGGCGAUGCCUACUGAGCUGAACAAAUCGAAGGCUGUGAGAUGUAUGGAAUGCCAGAGCUAUGCAAAUGCUUUUUCAGUGGUAGAAGCGAAUUUUUUCUACUGCAAUAUCUGCAACACAAAGAAUUGCCUGAAAGAAAGGAUUUGUGAGGAAAUAACUAGGUACUCGACAAUUGAGUAUGUUGAGAAAGAAGUAGUAAAGGAUAACAGAGUGAUUGACUGUGGAGGUAUUGUAUCUGAAGGACUGUUUCGAACGAAGACAGUAUGUGGACCUGCUUUUUUGAUUGGGAUUGAUAGUACAUCGCCAAUGUUGGUUGAACAUUCACUGAAUGGAAUCAAAAGAUUAAUUGAUGAUGAGAAUUUUAGGUUUUUAUUCAGAAAGGUGGGUAUUAUUUUGUUGAGUGAUAGAAUAUCUCUUCUGAAGGCAAGUAAAGGAACGGUGGUCGAGGUAAAACUGUCUGAUAAGCAGCACCUUCCUUUUAUUUCACCGGAGUUUUUAAUGGACGUUCAGGAUGAACAGUUAAUGAUAAAUGUGAUGGAAUAUCUUAAGAGUAUACCAAACAAUGGAGCAAGCAAAAAAGGAGGUAUUUCUGAUUGCCUGAGUAUAGCUAUUUCGAUGGCUGGAUAUUGCAGGGGAUCGAAGAUGGCGCUGUUUACGAAUUCACAGGAGAAGAUUGAUAGUGAGAUGAUAGUUAAGCAGUUUAUAGAGAUAGGAUGUUCAUUGAAUGUAUUUUGUACUGAGAAGACACAGCUGGCACAGGUUUGUAUUUCUAGUACUGGAAGGACUUAUUUGUACGUGCCUGAGACUCUUGCUAAGUUAGAGGAUGACUUGAUUGGCCUUGGAAGCAUGAAGAGCUCGUAUAAAGUAUCUGUUGAGACGAAGACGUCAGAUUCAUUAAGAAAACUGAUGUUCUAUGGAAACACGAAGUUUGAACAUCUUGGAUUCCAGGAGUUUUCACAGAUGGACGACAGCACGACGUUUGCACAGACAUUUACAUUGAGUGAGUCGCUCCAAAGCAUCCACCGAGUGUAUGCGCAAGUGGUGGUGAGCUUCUAUGGGUUUGAUGGGUCAAGAAGGGUUUUGGUGCUUAAUACAUCAUUUGGAGUGUCUUCAAAGAUAUCUGAUGUGUAUGCAAACCUGAGUUUUGACACGCUGGCAUGCAUAUAUGCAAAGUACAUGGCAAUGGAUGCUGAUGGUUUCAAGACGAAUAGCAAAAAAGUCGAGGAGAUUAUGAGCAAGUCGUUAAAGUUUUACAGAAGUAGCUGCUGCAAAGAGGCAUCGAGCUCACAGUUUGUAUUGCCUGAAUCUAUAAAGUUGAUUCCACUGAUGUAUCAAUCGAUGCUGAAGAACAGGUAUUUUUUGAAUGAAAAGAAUGCAGAGAAUAUGGCAAUGAUAACAGGGUUUACUGUUGAGCAGAAUCUCCGUUUCUUCUAUCCUCGGAUGUUUACUUUUACCGACUUCUAUAUGGACAACAGUCUAGAGAAAGUGAAAGGACUGCGCCUUACAUCUGAAUCUCUCAGUUCUGAAGAGAUCUAUGUCCUUGACAACUCGCAAAAGUUGUAUGUUUAUAUUGGAAAGGAGGUGGACACCACAUUGAAAAAGGCAAUAUUUACAGAAGGCACUGAGGAGAGUGGAGUGCUGCAUAAGAUGAUUGAUGAGUUUUAUUCGCAUUACGAUUGUGAAUUACCAGUGAUUUUUAUUGAGGAAGGGAAAGGAGGUGUAGAGAUUGAGUUUAUUGGGUAUCUUACUGAGGACAAAAUGAAUAACAUUGUUUCAUACCCAGAUUAUAUCUGUGAACUCCACUUCAAAGUUAAGAAUGCAUGA